ACAGCAGUGCUAGUGGUGCAUUGCAUUGGCGGACAAGAUCUGUCUUCUCUUAACUAACGUGAACAAUUUUGUGAUUUUCUCAAAGGAACAUCUGGGAAAAAGUUUUUGUGUUGUGUUCUCAGUGGCAUAACCUUCAGACAGAAACGGAACUUGGUGGCUUACCAAUCAUGGCAGACGAUAACAGCCAGGUACCAACAGAGCCGACAGAGGUGGAUAAGGAACAACAAACAGACGAACCCAGUGAAGUCACAGAGAGUGCAGCCCAAGAGCCAGGGAGUGCUGCAGACGUAGAAACAACAGCAGAAAAUGAGACAGCACAGGAAGGUGAACCAGUUGGUCAGGAUAAACCUCCUGAAAUUGGAGAUGCCGCAUCCACUGAACAACCAGCUCCAGCCCCACAGGAGGUGAAACAACCAGAGGAAGAAACAACACAGAAUGAGACAAUGGGUGAACAGGAGGUUGGAGGUGAGGAGGAAGAGGUCAAGGGUCAAGACCAAGCUGUUGCUGACCAGGACCAAGAAGCUUCCAGGGCAGAACUUGAGACAGAGGGACAAGAUCUGGCCACCGAUAAGGAGGUAGCAGGUCAAGAUCAGGAUGUCGCAGUGGCUGGACAGGAUCAAGAGGACGAAAGGCAAAGCCAAGAGGUCAAAGGUCAGGAGGAGGAUAAGGAGGGUGAGACCGCAGGAGAGACAGCCGUCGUCUCAGCCCAGGAGGAAAGUAAAGAAGCAAGUUCGGAGAAGGAGAAACCACAGGAGGCUUUUGAGGAGGCGGUUGAUGUGCAGCAAGAACCAGGGCAAGAUGAAUCAAGAGAUGCUGAGAGGACCGCAUCCCAAGUGGAGCGGGAAACGGUUGGCAUGGAGACUGAGCAGACAGAUGAGCAACACGAAGUUGACCCUCACGCUGCCUCACCCAUGCCCGAUCCUCUCAAUGCUACGGCAACAGUGAAAUUUGUGUUGAUGCCUAGCGGGCAGGUGACUACAAUGGCGUGCGCUCUGAGUCAGACUAUGCAGCAGCUACGUGCUCACUUUGCCAGUGAGCUACGCAUGCUGGCGGACCAUCUGGUCUUCAUGUAUGACGGGUCAAAUGUCAAGGAUGAAUUGACCCUUCAUGAUCUUGGCGUUGGACCGAAUGGUGCUGUCCAGAUGGAGAUCUCGUCGGCUGACCCAGAGAAUAAUCCCCUGAAAGCCCUCAAACCAAAGCCCUCAUACAUCAUGCCCGACGUCAUUACGGUUAAAGUUCAAAGAGAUGGUGUGCAGGAAGACAUUGUCGUUGAGAUCGAGCGUUCCAUGCGGCAUAAGCCAUUCCUAGGUGGAUUCCGCCAUCGCAACACGGGGACAGAAUACCACAAUGCCUCGGCCCAGACCCGGCCCAAGACACGCAAGGAUAACGGCAUUGAGAAGUUCUGUCGCGACACCCAGACGGUCAAGCAGAAGAACAUACGCCAACAAACCAUGAUCAACACGGCCACCCAGAUGACCAUGAUCGGGUGCUAUGUCUCAAACAUGACCGAUAAGCUGGUGGUGCCCGGUAGGUACCAGACCGCCGAGGAGUAUCAUGCCAUCCGACUGAAAAAGGUCAUCAUCCUGCAGUCCUACUUCCGUCGCUGGCAGGCCAAACGGCACGUGGCCAAGCUACGGGUGGACCUGGCCAAGCGGUUGGAGUGGGAGAGGCAAGAGGCCAUCCGUAAGGUCAAGGAGAAGGAGGAUCGCAUCCGGCGGGAGUUUGAGAAACGCAUGAACCCUCGCAGCAAAGAAGACUUUGACUUGCUCUACCACGCUCUGGAAAAAUGGCGUAAAGAGGAGCUGGAUCAGAUCAACGCCACCCUCACAGGAGCCAAGCGCAAGGCCGCGCUCUGCCACCUGUUGGAUCAAGAGACACAGCUGAUUGCAUCUAUCGGUAGACACAAGCUGGAAGCUGACACCGUGAACAAACAGCAGGCCAUACAAAACUUCCUGGAUAAGGCGGCAGCACCCAAGAAGUGGCGUUCAGCUGACGGCAAGUUCACAGAGAUGGACACAGCCUACACCAUUAGGGCACGCGAACUACGUGAUAUCUACAAGAGUCUCAACAUGAAGUACUUGACGCAAGAUGAAAGACUAGAUGUUCUACUGACGCUCAAACACACCGUGAAGGAGCAUGACUGCAAACUGACCCAGGAGAUCAUAGAGUUGAUUGAUCGGGAGGCUGACCUCUUGAUGCGAGGAGUCAAGGAGAGUAAUCUUGAAGGUCUGCGUAAACGGAUCGCCACCCUCUUCCUACAGUACAUCAAGACGCCCACGUUCAAUGCAGAAGCUGCCAGGCUGCUCAAAGUCCCCCAGGAUCCGUCCAGCCUCCGCAAGAACAUCUACUUCUGCCCUAGCUGCAACAGCUACCUGCCGUCCACCGAGUUCCAGCUGGCCUCCAACUCCCGCAUGGUGGGUCGCUGCCGGCGCUGCCAGAAGCUGGACAACGACGCCCGGGCCCGCCAGGAUUACAGCCACUACCGCUACCUGCUCAGGGCGCUGCGCAAGUCGGAGGAGGCCAUGCAGGAUGGCUCGCGCAUCGCUUUCCUCAUGCAGGAGGGUGACCUGAGAUACCUGGUGGAGAACAUCUGGAGCUCACAGAGCGCGCUCAGUGCCUGGAACGACCUGUACGACCUGGUGCUGGUGCGUUGGGACAAGGAUGAGGAGUGGUCGCCAUGGAACUGCAUCCUUCUCACCAAGGAUGAAGCCACCACGCAUGUACAGAUUGAGGAAUUGGAGAAGGGCUACGGUCGAGUUUUCUGCCACAAGGUCAAUACCAAGCACACCUUGGCACGGAAUUACUUCUCUCGUCUUCCGGGCAUGGCAGAGCACAUGAGGCAGAAGGCCGGCCAACCCAAACCGGGCACUUCUAUCGUGACCCAGCCCGUGGUGCCGACCAAAGCAUAGAUAAACAGAACCAUCAGCCUGGAGAUGUUGGUGACAGCUGUCAGCUUUCACCAGGUUCAGGAAUAGGGUGGAAGCGUGACCAGGAUCCGAGCAAGACGGUGGACUUUGGAAAUCUUCAGAUUCGAGGACAGCCAGAGACACUGAGAUAUUGUCAAAUUACAUGUAACAUAAUCAUAUCUAUCCUUUUUAAACCUUCUGUCUGAUCUAGAAUGUACAUGUACUUCCACCUCGUUUGCUUCAAAACUUUCCUCAUGAUGAUAAUUCCAGCCCUUUUCAGCUCUUGCAAAGGAUCCUGGAUACAGUUCACAUUAUGCAACAAGAAAAAGUAUUUUCGUUGCAUUCAUUAUUGGGUUUGUAGAAAACUUCCCAGAUGCUGUAACAUCUAAGACUUUGAAUUUAACCAAUGACACUUUAUUGUGCUUCAAGAAAGCAGGUGCACAGUAACUGGGCUGUAAAAGCUGGUGAUAAAUUUUUAUUUGGGUUAGGAUAGGCAAGUUGUAAGUGUAUUUCUACAUAAUGUGCUUGUCUAACAGUAAAUGUAGCCAUGAUGUAAUACGUAUGCUUUCACCAAGUCCUCCAGUACUGACAGGUUAUUCAGAGUCAAGGAACCGGACAGUCCAGUUUCCGUUACUUGGUAGGAGUCAUUAGUUGGGACAUUCAGCUAAGGUGGUGCCCCUAGAUGGUGCUGUUCUGUUUACAUCAACCAUUUUAUUGACUUUUUAACUAAAGAGGGAGUGUUUUCAUUCUAAUGAAUGCUGCCCUCACAUGUCCAGAGAAUACAUGAGAUCUACAGUAAAAAUGAUUUACAGAGAUUAAUCCUCCUGGCAUUACUUUCCAUGUCAAAAUAGAUUGUAUGAUAAGUUCUUUACGUGAAGUAAUACACCUGUCAAAUUUAUUGGAAGAUGGAAAGGCCUUCGACGAAAAGUUUGUAUUUUUGGUAGCACUGAUAUGCCUCAUCUGGUUCCACUUCACGUAAAACAGCAUUUUUAUCUUGUUGCAAAGAAGUUUGACAUAAUUUUUAAUUUUCUCUGACUUCAUGUUCUAGUUUUAUCUUCGAAGUGUACUUGUUACUAGCACAGUUUUGACGGGUCACCUUUUGAAUAUAAAUCUGGCCCUCUGUAAAUAAAAUAUGUAAAAUACAUGUAACUCAAAGUUUAAGUUUGGGAACAGAGGUUAGAGUGUGCGCCGAAUAUUGGAACAGUUAGCUCUAUAAACCAAAGUUGAGCUAUUGUCUUGUAUUUUUUGAACUUCGUGAAGUUAGACGAUUUUAAAUUGUCUUUCAUGCUGGUUUGAGUGUUACCGGUUGGCAGCAUUCACAAUAAAAACCGUUAAGUACAUGAUA